AACAACCUCUUUAAACAAAUCAAAAAAACAUUUUAUUAUGCGCCUUUGGCGACUCCUUAUUUAUUUUACACUUUUAAAUGUUUACUUUAUUUGUGUUGAAACUUUAAAAGUUGAUGGCAAGUUUGAAAAACAGAAAAUUGAUGAAGUGAAACCAAAGGAAUUGAAAUUGGAAGCAGAAACUAAACUUGAACCAAACGUGGAUUUAAAAUCAAGCACAAACCCAGACGAGAAUUUGAAUAAAACUUUUAAAAAAAUUAAAUCAUUGUGUGCUCAAUCAAAAAUUGACAAAAAGCCAAUAAAGGGAGAAGGAAAAGGGAAAGGAAAAGGAUUUAAAAUCCCUAAAAAACUUAAAAUGCCAAAAUUAAAUUUUAUGUCGAAAGUUUUAAAAGUUAUACCGAAGGAGUAUAAAGUAAAACUUGAAAAAUGUUGUGGAAAAAUAAAUGAUAAUCCAGAAUCUUUAGAGGAUUGUAGAAGUAUUUUUAAUGAAGGAAUGGAGAAAAUUGAAAAGGAUAAGACAUUUUUAAAAUAUUCAGGAGAAGGAAAAAAUAAAAAAAAGAAAUCAAAAACCGAGAAAGCCCUGAUGAAAGCAAUUGGAAUUUAUAAAGAACUUAAAACUUAUUAUAACAAGGAUACAAAAAGUCCAGGAAAUGUUCGUACAAAACGAGGAGCAUUAACAAAAUAUUUUUUUAUUCCUUUGCUUGCUGCAGGUGGAAUAAUUUCAAUUGUUAUUGGUCUUUCUAUUCUGUUACCUUUAAUAGUAACUCCAGGUUUUAUAAUUGGAUUUGCUGGGGCAGCGUUUUUUGGAGGGAUAGCCUGGGUUUGUUUAUAUGCUAUUAGAAAAUUGGAGAAGAAGGAUAGAGGUGAAAGUUAUGAAAAAGAAGGGCAUUAUUAUCACAAAAAGGACAGUAAAGGAAAUUUGGUUAAACACGAAGAAAAAAGGAUUGUCAAACAUAGACGUUCACAUUCUUCUAGACGUUCAUCUAGCCGUAGUUCUCGUAAGGAAAUUCGCAAAUCUAAAAAAGUUAGAACUAGACGAGUCAAAACUGUUAGAAACCGAAGCGAGACAAUUAUUGAUAUUAUUGAAGAGGAUGAUUAA